AUGCCUGCUGAUGAAAGGAGUGAGAAGCAGGCUGCUGCGCAGCAGGCAGUCGACAUCCUCCACGAGAUAUCCACAAUCCUGAACUGCCAUUUGGAUCGCAGGACACUGUCAAUCUGCAUCUCGAUGAUUGAGAACGGAGUCAACCCCGAAGCACUCGCGAUGCUCAUCUACAUGGCCCAGAGCGUGGUGAAGGAGCUGCGCAACGAAGCGCACGAGACACAGGUCGAGGCGGCGUCUCGCCGGAGGUGA